UACGGUGCGGAGCGGAGUGGAGUGCGAUCGGAUUUCACUGUCAGGGUGAGCGCGGCACGCCACUCGCGGGAAAGACAGACGGACGCCGACUGAGGCCACCCGGUGUUCCCGCCGGGAGCGCGGGGGGACCUGACGCGGGGGUGGGUGAGACCGAGGCGACCCGAGCAAAGGAGGAAGGCGGACAGCUGAGGAGUGGUGCGGAAGGGAGUGUGAAGGCGACGUCCCGGCCUGGAGCAGACUUCAGCAGCUCCAUGGCUUCUCCAAAGAAGAAACUGCAGGGUCUCGUUGCUGCCACCAUCACACCAAUGACUGAGAAUGGAGAAAUCAACUUUUCUGUAAUUGGCCAGUAUGUGGAUUACCUUGUGAAAGAACAGGGAGUGAAGAACAUUUUUGUGAAUGGCACAACAGGAGAAGGCCUGUCCCUGAGCAUCUCUGAACGUCGCCGGGUGGCAGAAGAAUGGGUGACACAAGGGAGGAACAAGUUGGACCAGGUGGUGAUUCAUGUAGGGGCACUGAGCCUGAAGGAGUCACAAGAACUGGCCCAACAUGCAGCAGAAAUAGGAGCUGAUGGCAUUGCUGUCAUUGCACCUUUCUUUCUCAAGCCUUGGAACAAAGAUGUUCUGAUUAAUUUCCUGCAAGAGGUGGCUGCCACUGCCCCUGCACUGCCAUUUUAUUACUAUCACAUUCCUGCCUUGACAGGAGUAAAGAUUCGUGCUGAGGAGUUGUUGGAUGGGAUUCAGGAUAAGAUCCCAACCUUCCAAGGGCUGAAAUUCAGUGACACAGAUCUCUUAGACUUCGGGCAAUGUGUUGAUCAGAAUCACCAGCGACAAUUUGCUUUGCUCUUUGGGGUGGAUGAGCAACUGUUGAGUGGUCUGGUGAUGGGGGCAACUGGAGCAGUGGGCAGUACUUAUAAUUACCUGGGAAAAAAGACAAACCAGAUGUUGGAAGCUUUUGAACGGAAAGACUUCUCUUCGGCCCUAAACUAUCAGUUUUGUAUCCAGAGAUUUAUCAACUUUGUGGUCAAACUAGGUUUUGGAGUGUCACAGACCAAAGCCAUCAUGACAAUAGUGUCUGGGAUUCCAAUGGGGCCACCCCGGCUUCCUCUGCAGAGAGCCACCAGGGAGUUUACUGAUCAUGCUGAAGCUAAACUGAAGAGCCUGAAUUUCCUCUCUUUUGCUGGUUUGAAGGAUGGACACUUGGAAGCCUGUGGCUAGUGCCUCUCUAAUCAAAGUGUGUACACUGACACCUAAUCCGCCUUGAAUAGUGCCUCCUCCUCAGGGACUUUUUAGAUGACCUUGAACUAAACUUUCUCCUCGAAAAUCAAAUCUCACAUCAAUCAACCUACAACCUUUUACUUUGUGAAGGGGAAAAAAAAACCCAACACUAAAAGGAGUCGGGCUCAUGCCUGUAAUCCUUACUACUUGAGGCUGAGAUCAGGAGGAUCGUGGUUCCAGGCCAGCCUGAGCAAAAAAGUUCAUGAGACCCCAUCUCAAUGGAAAAAAGCUGGGCCUGGUGGUGCAUACUUGUCAUCCCAGCUAUGGGAUUUUAUGUACAGAGCACAAAAUAGGGGUAUUUCAGUCCAGGCCAUCCUGGAAAAAAAGUGAGACCCUCUCUCCAAAACAACCAGAGCAAAAAGGUCUAGAGG